AUCAGAGCGAGGGGUUUAGCAUAGCGCUCGCGCAGAACGGGGCGUGAUUUCCUACUUAAACCGCUAGGCUUCUGCGGAUUAAACACAUACACGCACAAACGCACACACAGAGCUUCCGUUAAAGACAACUCGAGGACACUUUCAGAACAUCCAAAAUGAGUGACAACCCAGUCAAGCAGGAGGUGCAGAACUUCGACAAGAGGUGUCUAAAAAAGACCAGCACCGAGGAGAAAAACACUCUUCCAACAAAGGAGGACAUUGAACAAGAAAAGAAGGCUGCAGAGGCCGGAAAAUGAAGCCCGUCGGCAAUGAUCCUUCGCGUAUCUCUUUAUCUAACACCCCCACCCUUUCCUUUCUCCAUUUUAAGACAUUUUACUCAAUCACCCUCUUCACCUCCUGCACUCCAAACCCUUGUUUAAAUCAUAUCACAGUCUCUUCACAGUGCCACAGGCAAAGAGACAUGCACCUGAAGGGGCAGAUGAGUGGUAAAAUCCUGUGUAAUUACACCUAUGCAUAUUUUUAAACUUUUUUUUUUUUCUAUUUUGCAUUCCUGAGAGUGGACUAAGGUGGCAUUGGAGCAGCUGAGCAAUCAAAAACAAGUGUGCAUGUCAUCAGUCAGUAACUCUGUCAUCUAUGCCUAUGUCUCUGUAUCUGGUAACAUUCAUUAUGAGUUAUCCAGUAAAUGACAUGUAAAAAAUAUUUUUGUUUAAAAAAAAUAAUAAAUGAUGUUUAAAACAUA